GUACGCGCCAUUUUGUUUAGUGUCCGCUGGACGCGUCGUGCGUCGGGGUGUUGUGGGGUUGUUUUCAUGACCGUCAACCGAGAAUAAAUCCGCGGCUCUUUGAGCUCGCUUACAAUUCCGAGCGUACGUACUAGUGUAAUCAUUUGAACAGUGAAGACACGUAUAUAUGUCUUUUGCAUGAUUAUCGUGACGUGCAACACGAGGAUACGUUUUUUGAAAGAGUCGAGGACUCUCAUGCUUAUAGUGUCAGACUUAGCAGUUGCAGAGACUUCGCAAAUGUAUGGCGCCAGAUACAACUAUAUGGAUACUUGGUAGGGGAUUGCCACUGUCGUCGUUUAUCGUCGGCAGAUAUUUUUUUUAUAAAGAAUUGGAAUACAAAACAAUAAGCAACCAUGCGUACCCCUGCCGGGACAGAGACAUUGUCGCAACCUGAGAUGUACAAAUUUGAAUCUCAGGAAACAGAAGCGUCAUCGGGUGUCAAUCAAGUAGUUUUAUCACCUUCUCAUCCGGAAGCGCACAUAUUCACUAACAGCAUGUUAUGUAUACAAGAAGAAUUAGGUCAGUUGAGUGGAAUUGCAGGAGGUCCUAUUAUCCCUGACCCACGUGAUGCUCAAUUACCUAAUAACAAUCAUAGCAAUUCAGAAAGCAAUAGUAACUCUAGUGAAACUGCAACAAAAUGUACUCCAGGUACUGGAACUUUAGAUGCACAAAGAUCAAGCUGGGUGGAAGGUAUAUUAGGGUGCAUGCGUCCAGUUUGGACUAUGCUUUCAAAAGCAGCUGUUAAUGAAAAAAUUAAAGGACAUCAAACGGAUGACUGGGAAAUACCGUUUGAAUCAAUCAGUGAACUCCAAUGGCUCGGAUCUGGAGCACAGGGGGCAGUAUUUAGUGGAAAAUUAAAUAAAGAAGUUGUAGCUGUAAAAAAGGUGCGAGAGCCGCGUGAAACUGAUAUACGGCACUUACGGAAGUUAAAUCAUCCGAAUAUUGUUCAAUUUAAAGGUGUUUGCACACAAGCACCAUGUUACUGUAUAAUAAUGGAAUUUUGCCCAUACGGACCAUUAUACGACCUCCUUAGGGCUGGAGAACCAGUUCCACCUCCUAGAUUAGUAUCAUGGUCAAAACAAAUUGCUGCUGGAAUGGCCUAUCUUCAUGCACAUAAAAUUAUACACAGAGAUCUUAAAAGCCCAAAUGUGUUGAUAGGACAAGGAGAAGUUGUCAAAAUUAGCGAUUUUGGAACUAGUAGAGAAUGGAAUGAAAUUAGUACAAGAAUGAGUUUUGCCGGUACAGUUGCCUGGAUGGCCCCAGAAAUCAUCAGAAACGAGCCUUGUUCUGAGAAAGUAGAUAUAUGGUCGUAUGGUGUGGUAUUAUGGGAACUCUUAAGCGGAGAAAUACCUUACAAAGACGUGGAUUCUUCCGCAAUCAUUUGGGGCGUGGGCAAUAAUUCUCUUCAUUUACCAAUCCCUGCAAGCUGCCCAGAAGGUUACAGGCUACUUGUAAAACAAUGUUGGGCUGCAAAACCACGUAAUAGACCUUCCUUUAAACAUAUUGAAAUUCACCUCGGAAUUGCAGCAGUUGAAGUGCUAUGUACAAAACCUGAUGAUUACUUUAAGACACAGCAAUCUUGGAAAAAAGAAAUUAGAGAUCAUAUGAAACAAAUGCAGACAAAUAGUUGCAGUAGUCCAAGAUUUGAAGCUGAUCUCAUUCGACGACGUGAGGAUGAAUUAAGACAUGCUCAAGAUAUUCGAGAACAUUAUGAACGUAAACUCGAACGUACUAAUAAUUUGUACUUAGAAUUAAGCGCUGUUUUGUUGCAGUUGGAACAGCGUGAACGAGAUGUAAUUAAACGAGAACAACAAAGUGGGUAUAAGCAAUGUAAGAAGCGACUUGUACACCCCCUUAUAAAGGCUCAAGAAAGACUUCAUCGUAGACGUAACCCUCAAUUUUCGACAUCAUCUACUCCAACAACUCCACCAUCCCCAACAGACUGUCCACAAACUCCUAUAAAAGCAACUAUGUGUACCCAACUAAAUGAAUCUAAUCAACCAGAGACAGUUUUAGUCCCUAAUAAUAGUUUCAAACAACGCAAAUAUAGGCAUCGUAGAGUAGGAUCUGGAUGUGGUGUAAAUUCUAGCCCACGAUCGAGUCCUCAUCGUGAAAGAAAAAGUACAGAAGUAUGUGCACGUUUUGUUGAUAGUCAAACACAGACAGAUAUAAUGGAUAUCAAUGAAACUGAUUUUAAUCCUGUUGGACAUACAACAACAAUCUCAUCAACAGAAAAACUUUCUGUAAAUAGUCUUAAUAAACAGUCAUUAAAUAAACAAACACCAGAAAGUUUAAAUGGAAAUUCAGUUUUAUCCGAAGCUCAUUAUAGAAUGCAAUCUAGUCCUUGUUCCAGUCCUGAACCUUCAAAUGAAAAUCGUGCAAAUGGAAAUGAACGUUUAAAGGACUGUAGUGAUGACGAUAAUCUCGAAACACUUGGUCGAAAAGUUAGCGAAAUUAUUAAUGCUAAUCGUCUUAUUUCUCCUAUAGAUAAUGGAAAUUGCGAUGAUGUGAUACAACACAGAGGCAAAGAAGAACCUAUAAACCUGUCCGGACAUUUUUGUGGAAUUAUUGUUAACAAUACUAAUACACCUCACGAACAAUCAGAAAUUAAAACUCGACCUUGUUCUGAAAGUAUGGAUACUUUAUGCGAUCGUGAAGAUGAUGCAUGUGAGGAAAGUUGGUCAGAUGAAGAAGGCGAAGAUCCCAGUUAUACGUAUAAUUAUUCUUUAAAAAGAAGAAGUAUUGCAAGGCGACCAAUUGGUCCUGGAUGUAGAUUAAGAAGAUUUAAACAUGCACCUGAACGCAUAGAGAGAGUGUUAGCUUCUGAUGAGGAAAAUACUUCCGAAUAUUCACAUCCUCCGUCCAGUCAAUCCUCCACGUUAGAAAGUAAUCCCGAUAUGCAAAGAGUAUUUCGUAAUAUUCACUAUUCUCAUAAGAGGAAAGAAAUAGAUGAUGUUUCUGAUACAUCAAGUCAAUCAGAAACAGAUGAAGUCAGUGAGAUUACAAUUGCAUCUCAACCAGUAGUUGCAAACUUAAAAAUAGAAAGUAGUGUGUAGAUUAACAGGAUUUUUAUAUCUCAUUUACGAUUGAUAUAAGUACCUAACAACCAGUGCAUUUUUGUAGCGUAUGCUCUCAUCCUGUGUUAAAUAUUGUAGAUAUUUAUCAAUUUAAGGUAUAUGUUAGAUAUAUAUGUACAUUAAUUUUAUGCAUUAUUUAUCAAUGAAAUAUUACAUUAAUAUUAUUAAGAUACUAGACAGUUACUGAGAAAAAUUUAUAAAAAUCACAUUCUAAAUCUUUAUUAAAAUUUAAAUUACUAUUUUUGAAAACUAUUACAAAAUUCAACAACUGAAUUAAUUUAAUGAAAUUGUUUUCUAUCAUUAUCUAUGAUAUGAUUUAUUAUACGCUAUAGAAAAUGAACAUAAAUCAAUAACUAUUUUUUCUAAGAAAAAUAUAAAAUAUAGAUUGCUGAUAUUUUCAACAGAAUCGAAAAUUUACACAAACAUGUGUAUAAACAUGUUAUAUAGUAUUAUUUGUAAAUACAUGCACCCACCUCAUGCUCGCGUUUGAAAGAGAAAAAAUCAUUACUUAAAAUUCAUUCCAUUAUGUUUUACAUUUUUUUUAUAGUUCCUUUUAGUACAUGUAGAAUUCUCAACUAAUCAAUUAUGAAUUUAUUAUCAAUUAUGUGUUGCAUUUAUUUCAUAUUAUUAAUAAAAAAUAUUCAGUUAGACUCAAAUCAAUCAUUCCUACGAUGAAUGCAAAAUCAGUUAUUGAUAAUUGCAUUCACUUGUACGUAUAGAUGAAAUUCACCAUAAUGUAGAAAUCAAUUUUAAAAAUCAAUAAACUCAUAUAUUAUUUGGUAGUUUACAAAGAGUUAUUGUAUAUAAAUACAAUAAAAUAAAAAUAAAUAUUGCAUUAGAAAAACAUACUUUUGAAAGUAAUUUAGAAAAUAUGUAAUGGAAUGACAAUUACUAAAUAAAUUUUAAAACAUAAGUGCCUGUGGCAAUUUUCAUAAAGUACACCAAAUAGUGAUUAUUAAAAUAAAAUAACAAAAUCUAAUUAAUGUGCAAUAAGCAGCAAUUAAGCUUGCAACUGAAAAUAGGAUCACAUCAGUACAAUAAUUUUUCGAUUCAAUAAAUAUUCUGCUAUUCUGAUAAAGUCAAAUUAUAAAUAACAUGAGGUAUUGCUUGAGGGCUAUUUUACUGUAACAAAGUCAUUAAAUAUUUUUGAUGCAUUAAAACUUUUACCAAUAAUCUUACUACAGAUUUCAUUAAUGUACUGUAUGUAAUAAAUUUUAUUGUUUCAUUUUUCAAUUAAUAAAUGAAUACAAUCUAAUUUAAUGACUAUGUUAGAAAACUAGUGUAAGUAGUAUUAUGAUAUAGUCAAAACAAUGCAGGUUGUCUGAGUUUCAAACUGAAACUCAAUAAUAGUGUUGGACUGUAUGUAAAAGUCAUAUACUCAUUCUCUCAAAUUAAUAACAAUAAAUAUCGUAAUUACACAUGCAAAACUAAACGACAUUGUUAAGUCAAUUGUCCAAAGUACUGUCUGCAUCCAUCUAUUGUACCUGCUUUGAAACUCAAAUUGCCUUAAUGACAAUUACUAUACUAUUGUAAAUAUAGACAAUACAACGUAAACUUAAGAAAAUAGUAGCUAAGGUAUGAUAUAACAUUUUCAUGUGCUCAUUUGGACGAAGUAAUUAAUAAGAUAUAUAAAGAUGUACUUUAUGAUAAUCAUACAUAUUGUAUCUAUUAUAUUUAUGCGAGUAGUUGCAUAAAUUGUUCCUUCUUGUGCAGUGGCAGCUAAACUGACUAGUUCUAUUAUUCUUUAAUAAUAGAAGCAGUACACAAAAUUUGUGUUAUAAACAAAUAAAGUUGAUUUACAAUAA